AUGACUAUAGAUGAAUUAUAUAGAAAAAUAUUACGAAUAGGUAGACAAGCCAACUAUAGAUCUAAAGAAUUACCAUCUCAGCAAAUAUAUGAAUUUUCACCAGUUUCAGCUCCGCAACAGCAUGGAAUAUUUUUAGAAGAUAUGCAAAAAGCAAUCCAAAAUGCACUGGCGCAACAAAAAACUGAAAACCAGACAUUAAUAAAAAAAGUUACAGAAUUACAAUCUCAAAUGACUCAACAAGCACAAGUAUCUGCUCUACAAACAGUUGAACCAGUUAGACAGCCAAGAGGCCCGCCAUCUUCAUUACAGACUGAAGAAGGUCUCAAGAAUUAUUAUGCAUCAGAAUACUUAAAAGAAAUAGGUGUACUUAAUAAGGCUAAACUAGACGCAGAUUAUCUUGUAAAACCUUUUCAAAGACCUCGUCAACAGCGAAACAAUAACUCUGCUAGAAUUGAUAGAAUGGAGGAAGGGCUUAAUGAAACUCGUGAUGCUGUAAAUGAACUGAGAGGCAUUUCACAUAAGUUGGCUGGUAAUACUAAUGCAAUUUCACCCUCAAAAUCUAGUCAACCCAAAACAUAUGAUGAGCUGUUGCCAAAACUUUUACCAGCAAUGCGUAAAAUGUGUCUAUCUCAAAAUCUACGUACUGUUGAAGCGCUUGAAUGGAAAGUUAAUAAGCCUUCUAAAUUUGCUGUAAAAGGUAAUUCUAAAUAUAUCUCUGAAGCACUAGGAUGGUAUACGAAUGUAGCAGUCACUCUAAAGAACAUGAAAGGGAAUCCAAUCAUUACUAUUGUUGGAAAUUAUGCUUGUGUUGAUAAUGGUAUAACAGAAAUUCGAAAAGUCAAAAGUAUUUCUGAUCCAAUUAAAAAUCAGUUUUGCAUAGAGGAUCAUGAAAAGACAUAUAUUAUCUCAACUUUUAGCAAAUUUCUAAUAGUCAAGGAUCUGCCAAAAAAGGAGCAGGACCAAGUAUCUACCAAUUCUUCUAGUCUAACUGUGGUAUUAGCUGUUAAACCCUUAAGCUUUUCACCACAAUUAACUAGAUUUUUAAGAAGAGAUUCCACCCUGGCUUUUCAGGAUGUAUCAGACAAAUUAUCAGAGGAAGAGAUCACAUCAUUUUUGUUAUUUUUUUCCACCAUAUUGGUUGCUUCAGUAACCGACUUCUCAUCUAUUUUAACUUUUUUUUUUCAACCAUUCUUUUUUGGAAUCUCUGUAGCUGGAAGGGAUAUAGAUGAUACUUCUGAUACCGCUUUAAGAGUUAUCCAAAGCAGUGUUGGAUUUUGGACUUGUCCAAUUGGUUUUUUUAAUUGGACAAUUUUGGAUUGUCCAAAACCAGUUUUGGACAUAGUUUUGGACAUAGUUUUAGACAGUUUAAAACUGCUCAAGAAUAGAGAAAAAAAGCGCAUACAGGAUGACUUUGAUAAAUCCAAAAAUGAAAAUAAAAAACUUUCUGAUCAGAUGCAUCAAUUUGGAGAAAAGAUAAGACAAUUGCAUUCAGAGAAAAAUGAGCUUAUACUUCAGAUUACUCACAAGGAUAUUUCUCUUGCAGACGCUAAAAGCAGAUUCACUAUAAAAUCAGAGGAGAUCAGGAUGUAUGUUUCUUUAGUACAGGAUGAUUUAUCAGAAAUGGAUUCUAUCAAACGUAAAUUGGAACUGAAAAAUGUGGAACUAACUAGUGAAAAUAUUGUCACAGCGCAAAAGGCCUUAAUAGAAAAAGACUCUCUCCUUCAAGAAGUUAAUUAUCAUUUAGCUGAGCAGAUCCCAAAAACAUCUAGUGAGCCUGAACAGAUCUUAAAGGAAUUACAUAAUGGUGUGAUUGGAGGUAUUAGCGAACUGGAGCAAGCAUGCAAUCGUCUUUAUAAUAGUAUUACUAAUUAUAUACAUCUUAAGGUUAUAUAUUCCCAAUCUGAUACGCAAAAGAACCAAAAGACAGGAUUACCUUCUAUGAAACUUCAUCUUUUAAAUAUGGAUGAAGUCACAAAGCAUGAAUCAUCCCAAAAUGUAGGUCAUCUAGCAAUGACAUGGACAUUCGCUAUCACUAGUCGAACGAUGUCAAAUCGGGAACCAAUCAAGUGA